AUGUCUGACCCCGCUUUCGCAUCGAAAGAAUCGAAGGAGGCCAUCGUAUCUCUCAGCCCCAGUGAUCCCACAGAUACCCCAUACUGGUGGAAGGACCGUGGGCUACGGAGCUUGAAUCUUCGUCUCCUCGCAAUCCUCAUCAGCCCGUUGAUGAUAGGAUAUGAUGGUUCCUUGAUAGGUUCAUUGUUAGCGAUGCCUUUUUGGUACCGAGACUUAGGAGUAAGUCCUAAAGAUAGCAAACUCAUUGGUCUUAUGAGUGCUGGAUAUUCAUUCGGGGCCAUCAUGGCUUUCCCCCUGUCGAGCUGGAUUGCAGACCGCUUCGGGAGAAAGACCUUGAUCAUGAUUGGAGAUGUUAUUAUCAUUGGCGGAGUGCUUGGCCAGAUCUUCUGCUUCAACGCGCGCCUCUACGUGCUCACUCGCUUUAUCCUAGGUUUCGGUGCCAUGUUGAUCAUUGCUGGUUGUCCCGUGCUGCUUACGGAACUCGCUCAUCCCCGUUAUAGAAGUAGCCUGGUGGCAGGAUACGCAAGUCUAUUCUUUCUGGGAUCCGUUAUAAUGUCUUGGACCUGCUUUGGCACCGUUAACAUCCCAAACCAAUGGAGCUGGAGACUUCCCACAGUUCUGCAACUCUUGCCACCGGCGAUUCAACUCCCAUUAAUGCUACGAGUGUCAGAAUCUCCAAGGUGGCUGAUUUCUCGCAGCCGCCACAGCGAGGCCAAAGAGAUCCUUACACGGUUCCAUGGCAACGGCAGACCGGAUUCAGAGAUAGUGGCACUUGAGUACAAAGAAAUCUGUGAGGAGAUUCAGUCGGACCCCAAAGGCCACUCCACCAACUGGGCUUUAUGGCUCCAGGGCCCCGGAAACCGUAGGCGACUACUACUUGUCGUUACUUGUACCAUCUUCGCAUCGUGGAGUGGUGGGAACAUCGUUAUAAACUAUUUUGCUCUCGCAUUGAACCAGGUUGGCAUCACCAGCCCAGCUCAGCAAACAGGAAUCAAUGGUGGACUCCAGAUCUUCAAUUUCCUCGUGGCCUUGAUAUCGGCGAAUGUUGUUGAUAAGUUCGGCCGCCGAAAACUUUUCUUGCUGUCUAGCAUCAUCAUGCUUCUCGCAAUGGUGGGCUUUACCGUGGCCACUGAAGAGUUUGCGAGAGAUGCACGGUCUGGUCCUGGUCGUGCACUCGUGGUUCUAUUCUUCCUUUUCCAGUUCGGCUACGACAUAGGGUACGCUCCACUGACAGCUAUGUACGUUGCUGAAAUAUGCCCUUACAACCUUCGGGCGAGCGGCAUCGCAUUACAUUACACUCUUACGUCUGCUAGCCAGGCCGCCAGCCAGUAUGCGAACCCAGUCGCCUUGGAGAAUAUAGGGUGGAAGUAUUACCUUGUUUACAUUGCGAUUUUGGUUUUCGAGGUUAUCUUUUCUUAUUUCCUAUUUCCUGAAACAAAGGGCUAUACUGUGGAACAGGUCGCGAAGAUAUUCGAUGGGCAAGAAACAGAGCGUUCAGAGUCAGAUGCUUAG